GAGUAUUUUGACGUUGCUUUUGCUUUACUCCGACUAACGUUACUUCUCCGACCACUGGGUCUCUCACCACCACCGCCUCCCUCUGCUCCCUCCUCCCUGUGUGCUGGUCUCACAGCCCGGAGAGGUUUGAAUCAGUCUCUGGUCCAGCAGCCGCCAUGCUGAGCUGAGAGAGAGAGAGAGAGACACACGGACCAAACUUUGUCACGCUGCACCGACUCAUCUCCGUACCCACCGGGACAAAGAGGAGAACAUUCCCACGACUGGUCUUGUGACGUUUGCCCUGGGCCUCUCCCUCCGCAACCCAUUUCCAACCGUGUGAAGACAAGUGAGAAGGAGUUUAAAUGAAUCAGUAUUCGCUCGCCGACGCCAUGACCGACAACUUGAGGAUUUUAUAAUUCUCUCCAGAGGAAGAGCGUCGCAUCUUGUAAGGAGCCACAGAGGAAACUUCACAGUUCCGAAGUUAUCAGAGUCUAACAUGGGAUUUGGCGUGCUGGGAGUGUUUCUGGGGCUGCUGCUCGAGGUCUCCACCCAUGGACCCCACGCUGUGCCUCGAACUUCCUGGAGACACCAAGAUUUAGAUCUGAUGGAGUUUUCGGAGCCGGGGAUCUUCAACUAUUCCACGUUGCUGCUGAGUGUGAAAAGAGACGCGCUGUAUGUGGGAGCCAGGGAGGCCAUCUUUGAGCUCAGCAUGAAGAACGUGACAGUCAAAAACAACAAGGUUCAAUGGACAGUUGCAGAAAACCCCAUGGUGAUGUGCACACAAAAAGGAAAAUCAAAAGAGAGGGAUUGUCUAAACUACAUCCGAGUGCUCCAAGUCGUAGACGACGAGCGGCUGUAUGUCUGCGGCACGCACGCCUUUCAACCUCAGUGUGACUACUUGAACCUCGCUGACUUCUCGUUAGACGGCCGACCCGAGGACGGCCGGGGAAAGUGCUCCUUUGACCCGUCACAAAGCUUCACCACGGUCAUGGUUGAUGGAGAGCUGUACUCGGGGACAGCUUAUAACUUCUUAGGCAGUGAACCGAUUAUGUCCAGAUACUCUCCGUCCCAGUCGCUGCUGAGGACAGAGUACUCCACAUCAUGGCUCAAUGAGCCCAGUUUUGUUUUUGCCGACGUGAUCAGUGAAGGGAGAAACAGAAUGGAUGGCGAAGACGAUAAAAUCUACUACUUCUUCACCGAGGUGUCAGUGGAGUACGAGUUCUUUGGCAAGCUGCUGAUCCCCAGGGUGGCGCGCGUCUGUAAGGGCGACCUCGGGGGGCAGCGCACCCUGCAGAAGAAAUGGACGUCCUUCCUGAAAGCCAAGCUGGUGUGCUCCAUGCCCGAGCUCAACUUUGUUUUCAACGUAGUGCACGACGUGUUCAUCCUGAAGGGGGCGGACCGCAGGGACACGGUCAUCUACGGAGUCUUCACCUCCCAGUGGGGUAACGUGGGCUUGUCGGCAGUGUGCGCUUACAACUUGACGGCUGUGGAGGAAGUCUUCUCCAAGGGCAAGUACAUGCAGAAGGCCACAGUGGAGCAGUCUCACACUAAGUGGGUCCGGUAUAACGGCAUCACUCCUUCUCCACGUCCUGGAGCGUGUAUUAACAACCUGAUGCGACGGCAGAACAUCAGCAGCUCUCUCCACCUGCCAGACAAGACCCUCCAGUUUGUGAAGGACCACCCCCUGCUGGAGGACCCCGUCCUGCCCAUCGGCAACGGGCCUCGCCUCAUCACCAAAGACGUCAACUACACUCAGAUCGUCGUGGAGAGGGUGCGCGCACUCGAUAGGAACAUUUACGACGUCAUCUUCACCGGAACAGAUAAGGGAGUCCUGCACAAGUCGGUGGUGUAUGAAGGAGAAGUGCACAUUGUGGAGGAGAUCCAGCUCCUGAAGAACUCUGAGUCCAUCAAGAACCUGCUGCUGUCCUCUGAGACCCGCUCCCUGUACGCCGGCUCUGACUCCGGUGUAGUCCAGUCCCCCACAGCCUUCUGCAGCCGGUAUCUGUCCUGCGACGACUGCGUCCUGGCUCGAGACCCGUACUGUGCCUGGGACCCUCACGCUGCUGCCUGUGUCAAUAUCUUUGACGUUCCCAGCCAGCGGCUUAGGAAGCUGAUCCAGAACCUGAACGGUGACGCAGACAAGUGUCCUUCAGCAUCAGGUCUGUCUCUGAAGGACUACCAGCGUGUGACAGUGAAACCAGGGAGCUCCGCUGAGCUGCCGUGCCUGGGACACUCCAACCUGGCCCAGGUGAUGUGGAAAUCCAACGGCUCCGCGCUCACCGAGGCCUCUCGCUUCCACCUCAUAGGCGAAAACGGUCUCCUCAUUUACAGCGUGGCUCCGGAGGAUCAAGGUCACUACGAGUGCUGGUCGGUGGAAUGGGCCCCCGCCGCCGGGAAGAACUUCAGCCGCCUCCUGGCCGGAUACGUCCUCACUCUGGAUCUCCCGCCCAGAGCCCCUCACCAGACGGGCCACGUGACCGCCACCACCCUCGGCGGCCGGGAGACAUCCAGCGCGCGUGCAGCUGAAGGUAAUGGUAAGACAGACAGAGCCCUACUAACGUCGGCCCUCGCCCCUCCCAGCUUCACAGCCACAGUCCAAUUCACCCCCCCACCCCAAACUGACUCAUCACUAACCCCGCCGCCCAGCAGCACAGUCCAGUUCCAGCCGAAACAGCACCUUCCUCCGAGCUCCAACGCCCCCCACCCGGACAGCCGGGACCCGGCGGCGGAGUAUUUACAGCACAACAACAGCACCGCCCUCCUCUUCCUUUUCCUCCUGUUUUUCCUCCUCUUCUUGGCAGCGCUGGCGUACAACUGCUACAUGCAGUACCUCCCCGCUCCCUGCCUGCGGCUGCGAGCCGCUCUCCUGGGCAGCCACAAGAGCGCCCAUCAGCCUGAGUACCGGGCCUGCGAGGCCGGUUUGAUGGAGGCGUCCGCGAGUGACAAAAUUAACAUGACGGAGCAGCCGACGCAGAACGGCAGCCAAACCACUCAGAACCUGCGGGCGCUGCGCGACACCGGGUACGAGACCGAGCCGGAGUGCGGCAACGGUCAGAUCCCGUCUCAGACUUUCGGAGGCGACAGCCCGUCCCAAGAGAAACCCUUCGACGUGGACUGUGAAUCUCAGCCCAUCCAGUUUGCAGAUGCAGAUGAACCAUACUGCUAGCCACAAGUUGUUUCUCUCAGAGACUAUGUCAUGGGGGGGUCACACUCUUGCUGCCUCUUCCAACGACUAACAAGUCUAAGUGGUCUCCUCUAUAUGAAAGUAUGUUCAGUGUACAGCAUCACAUGAAGUUUAGUUAUCACAAGGCUUAAGUCAGGCGUCCCGCUUGAACUGGAGAGAUUUAAAGAGGUAGUAUGAGGUGUUUCUCAGUGGGGUUGUAUGAGGUACUGAUCCAUAGUCAGUGUAUUACCUACAGUACAUGACGGUCAGCACGCCCACAGUUUGGAGAAGCAGACAGGACUAACAGAAGCAAAGCAAUGUGCUGCUGUGGACGGGGCCGGCAGCAAAACGUAUUUUAGCUAUCUAAAAGAAAAGCCCAUCUGAAAAAUCAAUAGCUGUGUUUCCAUUCAAUUGUCAAGCAGAUUUUAAGCAAACUUUUGAAAUGCCUCAAAAGAAAGUUAUGCAAGUUCGGCGCGUGUCCAUCAACUGGUUUGGAGCGAAUAAACUCGGCUACAGCGUAGUUUGCUCAGACUAUGGAUCAGUACCUCAUACAACCCCACUCCAAAACACCCGAACUAUCCCUUUAACUCUUGUCUGAUUUGGGGUUUAUGCUGAUAAAUCAGAAACUGUAUUGACAGAAGCUGCACCCUCUCAGCUUAGUCCAGCAAGAAAAGCUAUUCCUUAAAUUCCAAAUUGGAAACAUUGUUUACCAAAUUGGUAAGUUACCUUGAUGUUUUCCAAAUUGGAGUCAUGAUUUUUUUUUGUACAGCCUGGGUGAAAAAUAAUCUCUUGAAGCUUUUUGCAUCUGGUGUAGGCUAUUAUUGGACUAAAUGCUUCAACGUUACAGUAAUUUCUCAGGGAAGAUUUGCUCUGUACGUUCUUGCCUAGCUGUGUACAGUGUUGCCAUCUGCAGCGCCUGGUAUGUGGGCCUUAAUCUCACCCAGUGAGGUGGCAACGUUUAGGGGUUUGAAGGUCAGAGAAAAAAGAAAAGCGACAACUUGCAUGAUAGAAAAAUGCUGGAAUAAAUCAAACCACUGUCUCGUGUAGA